GUACAACUCCUAGUUUUUGUCCAGAGUGGCCUGGCCCGAGCCGGGCGGGGCGGUCAGGACUUUCUCGGCUCCGGGGAAAUUUCCCUUCCUUCUCCAUCCCGGGUCGGGCCUGGCCCUGCCCCGGGGGUGGGAUUGAUGACGCUGGAUCAUGUGGCUGGGGACGUCCGGGAGGAGUGGGUUGUCUGGACCCUGCCCAGAGAAUCCUCUUCAGGGUUGCCAUCCGGCAGGGUUAGAAGAAUGGGCUCUCAAUGGGAUUUCCAGACCCACCGUGAUCUCCCAGCUUGAGCAGAAAGAAGAACCAUGGGUCCUAGAUCUCCAGAGCUUGGAAGAGGGGGCGAUCCUGAGAGAAGCUCACACAGACUUUGAGAACCAGGUGGAAAAGCUGAACCAGCAAGUUUCUGAGGCAACAGAACAAUUUGGGUCAUCUUCAGGACGGCCCCAAAAAGAUAUUUCUCAGAAUCCUGAUUGGGAAGUAAACUGGGAAAGGGAACAUGUAUUAGAAAGACAACAUGGAACUCUCACAGGAGAGGGACAAAGGGAACUCCUUUCAAAGGAGAGACAUUUAAGUAAGCUCUUAGGUAGAUAUGUAGGUGAAAAACCCAAUGUGUGUGCUGAAUGUGGAAAAAGCUUUAACCAGACUUCUUAUCUUAUGAGACACCUAAGAACCCAUACUGGAGAGAGGCCAUAUAAGUGUCUUGUAUGUGGGAAAGCCUUCAAACAGAGCUCAGACCUUGUCACUCACCGUCGAACACACACUGGAGAGAAACCUUACAAAUGUAAUGGGUGCGAAAAAAGCUUCGGUGACAGCUCAACUCUCAUCAAGCAUCAGAGGACCCACACAGGCGAGAGACCAUAUGAGUGCCCAGACUGUGGGAAGACCUUCAGUCGGAAGCCACACCUUAUCAUGCACCAAAGAACCCACACAGGAGAGAAGCCCUAUAAAUGUCUUGAAUGUCAAAAAAGCUUUAGUCGGAGUUCAAAUUUCAUUACCCAUCAAAGGAUCCAUACAGGAGAGAAACCCUAUACCUGUAAUGACUGUGGGGAAAGGUUUAGCCAGAGCUCAGAUUUGGUUAAACACCAAAGAACCCACACAGGAGAACGACCUUAUAAAUGUCCUGAGUGUGGGAAAGGCUUCCGAGACAGUUCCCAUUUUGUAGCGCACAUGAGCACACAUUCAGGAGAGAGACCCUUUAGCUGUCCUGAGUGUGAUAAAAGUUUCAGUCAGAGUUCUCACCUUGUCACCCACCAGAGAACACACACUGGGGAGAGACCUUAUAAGUGUGAUGAUUGUGGGAAAGGAUUCACUGACAGUUCUGCCCUCAUUAAGCACCAACGGAUCCACACAGGUGAAAGACCCUAUAAAUGUGGGGAAUGUGGGAAGAGCUUCAAUCAGAGUUCACAUUUUAUUACCCAUCAGAGAAUCCAUUUGGGGGAGAGACCUUAUAAAUGCCCAGACUGUGGCAAGAGCUUUAACCAGCGUUCACACUUCAUAACACACCAGAGGACACACACAGGUGAAAAACCCUUUCAGUGUACCAAGUGUGAGAAGAGCUUUCGGCAGAAGGCACAUCUUUUAUCCCAUCAAAACACCCACUUAAGUAAUACCCUUUAGUUUAUCCACUUCUCUUUGUCCACCUCUGUUAACCAUCUAGUGAAUAACUUCUACUCCCCCAAACAGAAAUCCGAGAACCGGUCAUGACGAUUUUUCCAUAGCCUGUCCCAAUUGCCUAUUCCUCAGAUUGGAGAGGAUAACUCUCAAAUAAUGCCUCAUGUUAUUUUGCACAGAGAGGAUAGGCAGAAGUGAUUGGAUGCUGAUGCACAGUGCGUGGCACAUAGACGUCUAAUUAAUAAAUGCUUGCUGAUUGAUACUCUAGAGGCAUAGUACACACUUACCAAAAGAGGCAAGGAGUAGGUGUGGACUAGCUAAAUUAUUAUUAGUCUAGGGCCAUGGCCUUUAAAAAGUUAGUGUGUAUUUCAAAAGGGGCUUAGUUGAAAGCAAACAAGAAAUUGGAUAAAGCUGGAGAAGGGUAUUAUUGUUCAUAUUUUCCCAGCAUCACUCAGCUGUGUCAUGACAAAAGAAAGCAUGGUGGGUUGAAAAGAUAAGGUGCAGGCUGGAAGGCUUUUUUAGAAGCUUUUUGCAAAGCUUAACUAAAUCUGGUCCUUAUUGGACUGUUAAAAGCCAGGGACUCUUCCCAAGUUGAUCAUAGUUUGCUCUUCUCAUUUUCUGAGGCAUAUAGACUGUUCAGCAUACCAAAGGCACUUGGAAGAGGACUUGUAGUUUGGUGGAAUUUAAAUCCUCGGAAGGGCUAAGUGAUAACGGGACUCAGUAUCUCCAUGACAACGAAUGGGAAAUGAGAGCCAAUUUCCUCAAUCUGCUGGGAGGUUGGUUCUUAACACCAAUAAUUGUGUGCUUGUGUAACCCUAAGUCACAGAUUCUAUGCAUUUUUGUGUCCUACUCUAUUUAACAGGAAUAAAUUCCUUAAGUCUUAAGAAUGCUUUUCUCUGGGUUCUGACCACCACCUCAUUAGGUAUCUGUUUCUUUUGCAAGAAGCAACUUUUAGAUGAUGAAACAAAGACUUGGAAAAGCUUGGUGAUUCCUUCACAAUCUCAGAGUUGGGAUGGAUUGAAAUCAUUCAAGGAGGAAGUCUACUCCUGAAAACAUCUUUAAAAAGUAGCCAUCCUCUGCUCAGAGAUCUGAAGCAAUGGCUAAUCUGCGUCUUGAGGUAGUCAGUUCCAUUUUGGGACUGCUCUAAUUGUUAGGAAGUUUUUCCUCGUGUCAAGCCAAAGUCUGUCUUUCUGCAACUUCUGCUAUUCACUCUUAAUUUUGAUUUCUGAGACUAAGGAGAACAAGUUCAUUUAUUUCCUGUAAUAUCCCAUAAAAUGUGUGAAGUUGUCUUUUAUAAUCUGCUGUCUUCUCUUUUCCAGGGUAAAUAGUCUUGAUUCCUCCAGUCCAUCUUUGCAUGGUAUAAUCUCUAGUCUCAACAUCCUAGUCAUCUUCCACAAGGCACACUACAGUUUGUCAGUGUCUUUCCUAAAAUGGGGAAUUGCACACAGAAUUCCAAAUAUAAUCUGAGCAGGGCAGAGUACAGCAAGACUAUGACUUUUCUCAUUCUGGCCAUGAUGCUUC